UGUUUUUGUUUGGUUUACUAUCAACUCCAAAACUACGCGCCUUGGAAUUCAGUGCGUUUUUGGUCCAAUACAAUGUUCACGAUAUUAACAGUAAAUUUGUAAACGUACUUGUUCAUGUACUUUUCUAAGAGGUACAAUGUCUCUCGAAGUAUCAAAGAUGUAUAGUGAAACCAGUAUUGAGGAUCUACCAGAUGAGAUGCUGGAACAAAUCCUAUUGUUCCUGACCCUAGACGAUCGCCGAUCAGCUCUCCGAGUCUGCCGAAGGUGGUCCACUCUGAAGCCGUUCGACUGGUCUUCGGUUCAGCUAGUGGUCGACUUCGCGCGAAACACCGGCCAGGAAGCCUGCUAUCAUCAGACACUCCUUGCCAGCACCCGCCAAUACAAGCAUUUGGUGUUCUACUUCGGGUACGACUCCGACAAGUACGACUUGCUGGUGGACAUUCUGCAGCACUUCUGCCGCAAACUGGAAACACUCAAGCUCAUACCGAACAAUUUCGUUCCGGUCAAGCUGAAGCUGUUCGCGCAAAUUACGGCCUUAUGCUCAAAUCUCCGCCAUCUGCACAUCGAUGCGUGCAACUUUGACUUCAACCGACGCGAUCUGGAAUUCUCGCCGAUGCACAAGCUUGAAGAACUGUACUUGGAGAACAACCUGCUCAGUUUGAUUCCCAACAUGAGGGACAUCACGCCGAACAUCACGCGGUUGCACAUGCAGAUAAGUUUCUACUCGGAGGAAUCACGAUUGUUCCUACGCCAUUUCAGCUUACAGUUGGUCGAGCUGGGGAUUUGGUUCCUUUCGGAGGAUUACUUCCUGACAGUAUGUGAGAUGCAGUUUCCUUUGUUGGAGAAGCUGAACUUUUACUGUGUCGAUUUGGAGAUUGAUCCCGGAGGGUCAUUCGCGGAAGUCGAGCUGAUUGACUUGUUCUUCCAUCAACUGCCUCUCUUGAAGGAAGUUACACUUCGGUGUAACUUGGAUGAUAGGGUUAUAAGAAACUUGUGCCGCUCGUGUGUUAAAAUGCAGUUCCUAUGCGUCAGUAUGGAUUACUUCUUGCAGGACAGUUUUCGCGCCAUUUGCGAGCUGAAGCAUCUGAAACGCCUGAGAAUAGAAGAGGCCGCUGUUAAUGUCCCUACGGAUUUGUACACUCCACUCAAAAGUCUUCAGAAACUAUCCCUCUACUCCACCCGAAUCGUCCACCAAGAAAAGUUCAACAGUUUCGUGCAGGGUGCCUUCCCAAAUCUGGCCGUCAUGGAACUGCUACAUCUAACGUCCCGUACUAACGAAGGCCGAUCAUUCGAGCUGCACGGAAACAUCUGCAGCAACAUUCCGUCCCUACAACGCCUAGUGCUAAGCGAACCAACCUCCAACAUCAAACUGGGCACGUUCCUGGAGUUUUGCGCCUCCCACGCCCCAAAAGAGCUCCGAUUCAAGUGUUGGAGCAUUUCAGGCGUUUUUCCGGAGGACGAAAGCCCGCGGAAAAUCCCGGUGCAGAAGUUGAUUCUGGACUCGCCUCUGAUUUCGCCGAGUGUGUUGCAGAAACUAAUCGGUUCGAUGGGUGAGCUGAGGUGGCUGGAGCUAGCCCUGGCUGACUAUUGCUCCCCGGAGGUGAUCAGCUCGCUGAGGGAGCAGUUCCCUAGAUGCUACGUGGUGGCAAAGCGGAAAGUACCCAUCGAGGAACCAUUAUGACAGUGCUGGGAAAAGUGCAAAGAUCGUUCGUUUAGGUAGGGGGGAUGAAAGUGGCGAGUUGUAUAAACUGGAAUGUUGAACCGUUAGAAGCAUUAACUUCUACACAUUAGUACAUUAAGUAAAACUACGUACACUACCUAUGUUAUUGUUAAUAGUCAAUGACUAAAAUGCAUAUUUCAACUAUACCGUUCUUGAA